AUUUAGGGUUUUUUGCUAGGAGCGCGAUGGACAGGGAGUGGGGGAGCAAGCCCGGGAGCGGUGGCGCGGCGUCGGCUCAGAAUGAGGCGAUCGAUAGGCGCGAGCGUCUCCGGCGCCUCGCCAUCGAGACGAUCGACCUGGGCAAGGAUCCCUACUUCAUGCGCAAUCACUUGGGAAGCUACGAGUGUAAGCUUUGCUUGACGCUGCACAACAAUGAGGGAAACUACUUGGCACACACGCAAGGCAAGCGCCACCAGACGAAUUUGGCCAAGCGCGCGGCUCGGGAUGCCAAAGAUCAGCCUAUUCAGCCACAGCCACUCAAGAGAAAGCUCAACCCACGCAAGACAGUUAAGAUUGGCCGGCCCGGUUACAAAGUCACGAAACAAUACGACGCAGAGACGCAACAACGCUCCCUACUCUUUCAGAUUGCUUAUCCGGAGAUCGAGGACAAUGCCAAGCCACGGUACCGUUUGAUGUCCUCGUUUGAGCAGAAGCUGGAACCGAACGAAAAGGAGUGGCAGUAUCUCCUCUUCGCGGCCGAGCCUUACGAGAUUAUCGCCUUCAAGAUUCCGAGCACGGAGAUUGAUAAGUCGGCCAAUGACAAGUUUUUCUUUCAUUGGGAUCAAGACUCCAAGCAGUUCACGCUUCAGUUGUAUUUCAAGCCAAAGCCUCAGGUAGGACCAGCGCCACGGCCAGCAACAGGCUUCCCGCCGAGCGUACCGCCAGGACUACCACGGCCUCCUCCUCGGUGACUCCAAACAAGCAGUGCUCACACACGGGUAUGUUGCAAAAUGGUCCGGAAUAGUUUCUAGUCAAGAGAUUAGCCAGUCUUGUAACAAAACUAACUUGUAAGACUUCCAAGGAUUUGUUUCCAGAUGUUUCACCCAGUGAAUGACAAGCGGCGAGUGAUUUACUUA